AUGGGCAGCCGGCGCCUGCAAAGCUGCGUCGGCACCGAGCUGGAGUCUCGAAGGGACCAAGCCAGGAUGGAGUCUCCUCCGUCCAGCCAGGAGCGAGAGUUCCUCUUCCCUCCUUCCACGCGAAAAGAAAUGGAGAAGCUGGCGCAGGUCUUUGACCGCCUGACAGGCUGCCGGCCGCUGUGGCUUCAAGCCCUUCGGGCUCCCACGACGGCGCCAGACCCCGAGUCCGUAAAUGUGUCUGACGGGCACCAGGUCCCAGGCCCAGCCUUCCCCCUGGGCGCCGAGGGCGGGCCUGAGCUGGGGGAGGAGUGCUCUGCCUGGUACGGCAGCUGGAGAGAGCUGGCCCAGGCUCUGGCCAGCAGGAAUAUUCCAGCCGUGGAUCCAAACCUCCAGUUCUACCAUCCGCAGAGGCUGAGCCUUGAGGACCCAGCAGGCGGCCAAGGAGGAAGCAGUAACGGCAGCUACCUGAAGUGGAACAGGCCCGUGCCCUGGCUCUCGGAGUUCCGGGGCCGGGCCAACCUGCACGUGUUUGAGGACUGGUGCGGCAGCUCCGUCCAGCAGCUCAGGAGGAAUCUGCACUUCCCACUGUACCCCCACGUCCGCACUACCCUGAGGAAGCUGGCCGUGUCCCCCAAAUGGACCAACUAUGGCCUCCGCAUCUUUGGCUACCUGCACCCUUUCGCCGAUGGGACCAUCCAGUUCGCCAUCGCUGCCGACGACAACGCCGAGUUCUGGCUGAGCCGCGACGACCAGGUCUCCGGCCUCCAGCUGCUGGCCAGCGUGGGCAAGACUGGAAAGGAGUGGACGGCGCCCGGAGAGUUUGGCAAAUUUCGGAAUCAGAUUUCCAGGCCGGUGAGCCUGUCAGCCGCCCGCAGGUACUACUUCGAGGUGCUGCACAAGCAGAACGAGGAGGGCACGGACCACGUGGAGGUCGCGUGGAGACGGAGCGAGCCCGGAGCCACGUUCACCGUCAUCGACUCCCCUUCACUCUCCCUCUUCACAGACGAGACGGUCCUGAGGAUGGACGAGGUGGGCCACGUCCCCCAGACGGCAGCCAGCCACGCGGGCUCCUCCGACCCUCUCGCCGGGGACGAGCAGCCGCCGGCCGACAUGCUGCGGCCGGACCCGCGGGACACGCUCUAUCGCGUGCCUCUGAUCCCCAAGUCUCGUCUCCGCCACGUCCUGCCCGACUGUCCCUACAAACCCAGCUACCUGGUGGAGGGGCUCCCCCUGCAGCGCUACCAGGGACUCCGGUUUAUUCAUCUGUCCUUUGUCUACCCCAAUGACUACACCCGCCUGAGCCACAUGGAGACGCACAAUAAAUGCUUCUACCAGGAAAAUGCCUACGACCAGGACAGGUUCAGCUUCCAGGAGUACAUCAAGAUCGACCAGCCUGAGCAGCAGGGGUCACAGCAGCCAGGUUUUGAGGAGGGCCUCCUAGAAGAGUCCCAGUAUGGAGAAGUGGCAGAGGAGACCCCCGCCUCCGACGACCAGAAUGCCAGGAUGCUGGAGGGAAAGCAAAUGCCCGCCUCGACCCCCGGGCAGGACGUCACUGACUACCGCCUCCGGAGCCUGCGGAAACUGCUGGCUCAGCCUCGGGAGGGCCGGCCGGCGCCCUUUUCCAGGCGGAACGCCACGGUGAGGACCAGCGACGUCCCGGUCCAGCAUCCGGAGGAGAGGAAGAGGAAGGCCAGCCCCGAGCCCAGCCGAGAUUCACCGCAUCCUGACACGCGGCCUCCCGGGCGCCCGGCAGGGAACCCGCCUCGGACGAAGAGGCCCAGGCCGGCCCACGAUGGCCUCGCCAAGACUCUGGAGCAGUCGCAGUGGCUGAACCAAGUGGAGUCGUACAUCGCGGAGCAGAGAAGGGGCGACGGGAUGGAGCCCCGGGCCCCCGGGAGGGGGUGGCGGCGGGAGGAGGAGGCGGCGGCAGCCGCAGGCCAGGAAGGACACGUGGAGGCAGAGGAAGAGGGGGAAGAAGAGGAAGAAGAGGAGGAUAUGAGCGAGGUGUUUGAGUACGUGCCUGUGUUCGACCCCGUGGUGAACUGGGACCAGACCUUCAGCGCCCCGAAUCUCGACUUCCAGGCCCUGAGGAGCGACUGGAUCGACCUGAACUGCAACACGUCUGGGAACCUGCUGCUUCCCGAGCAGGAGGCCCUCGAGGUCACCAGGGUCUUCCUGAAGAAGCUCAACCAGAGGAGCCGGGGGAGGUACCAACUACAGCGCAUUGUGAACGUGGAGAAGCGUCAGGACCGUCUGCGUGGGGGUCGCUACCUCCUGGAGCUAGAACUGCUAGAACAAGGACAGCGCCUGGUGCGGCUCUCUGAAUACGUGUCCACACGAGACUGGCAGGGCGUCAGUCCAGCUGGCAGGGAGGAGGCUGAGGCCCGGAACCUGCACGGCCUGGUCUGGGGCCCGCACAACCGUCGGAGACGUGUCCUGAAUGUCCAUACCCCAGAGCCCAAGCUGUGCUGGCCCCAGGGUUUCUCGUGGAAUCACCGAGCCGUGGUCCACUUCAUUGUGCCCGUGAAGAACCAAGCACGCUGGGUGCAGCAGUUCAUCAGAGACAUGGAGAACCUGUCGCAGGUCACGGGCGACCCACACUUCAACGUCAUCAUCGUCGACUACAGCAGCGAGGACAUGGACGUCAAGAUGGCGCUGGAGAGGUCCAAGCUGCGGAGCUACCAGUACACGAAGCUGAACGGAAACUUUGAACGCUCGGCUGGACUUCAGGCUGGCAUAGACCUGGUGAAGGACCCGCACGGCAUCGUCUUUCUCUGCGACCUGCACAUCCACUUCCCAGCGGGAGUCAUCGACGCCAUCCGGAAGCACUGCGUGGAGGGCAAGAUGGCCUUCGCCCCCAUGGUGAUGCGGCUGCACUGUGGGGCCACCCCCCAAAGGCCUGAGGGCUACUGGGAGGUGAACGGGUUUGGGCUGCUUGGCAUCUACAAGUCAGACCUGGACAAGGUCGGGGGCAUGAACACCAAGGAGUUCCGAGACCGCUGGGGCGGCGAAGACUGGGAGCUGCUGGACAGGGUCCUCCAAGCAGGCCUGGAAGUGGAGCGUCUCUCCCUCAGGAAUUUCUUCCAUCACUUCCACUCCAAGCGGGGCAUGUGGAACCGCCGCCAGACGCAGGCGCUGUGA